AUGGACGACCAAGACCCUUCAAACAAAUAUAAUGAGCACUCGCUCUCAUACAAGAUCAUCUAUUGGGACAAAUUCUUCGAAUCCGACGCGCCCCCUAGACUUGGGAUGGGCAUUAGAAAACGUGUCAACUAUGUUACCCUGUCUGCAUUCUCCGCCGGUCUGGGUGUCGGGUACGCUCAUGGUAGCAAGAUGUUGGCCUACCGGUUUCGUGCCGAAAACGCGCAUCGCUUCCCCGAGACGCCGCAGGCGUGGUUCCAGUACCAUAAGACGAAGAAUUACACGUCGCUUAUCGGGGGUAUCAAGGAGGGCUUUAGAAUGGGAGCCAAGCUAGGUACUGGUGCUUUAUUGUUCUGUCUCUUCGAGGAGACGGUGGAUUAUGCCCGACACGACCAGAGGGAUUUCCUAUCCACGGUGACUGCCGGGCUGUCGUUUUCUGGCAUCUACAGUCUGCUGGGUCGACAUGAUGUUUACACGGCAGCUCGGACGGCGAAGCUGGGUCUGAAACUGAGCUUGGCUUAUGGGUUGAUGCAAGACGCUCUUGCAUACGCCAAGGGCAAUCGUCCUGCCUACGUUGAUUUCAUCAUGGGGAGUCGCCGGUCAAAGACUGAAUGA